AUGUCUUCAGCGGAGCAACCAACACCUCAGGGGCCUAGAGGCGACGGCAACCGGGGCAAAGGCAGAGGACGCGGAGGACCUCGAGGAGGCAACCGUAGUCGGGGUGGUGACGGUGCCGGUCGCGGUGGCGCUGGUGGUGGCCGUGGCAAGGGCAGAGCCGGAGGUGGAGGACAGCAGCAGCAGCAGCAGCAGCAGGACACACCGAAACCCUCGCAGGACGUCUCUUCCGGCGACAGCAACUGGAAGACACAACAGCCGGAAGCACAAGACGACGACGCCGAGGUCUGCUUUAUUUGUGCGAAUCCCAUCACACACCACUCUGUUGCGCCUUGCGGCCAUUCGACAUGCCACAUCUGUGCCCUACGACUAAGGGCGCUGUAUAAGAACAAGGAUUGCCCGCAUUGCCGAACGGCCGCUCCCUUCGUUAUCUUUACCGACGACCAAAACAAGAAAUUCGAAGAGUACACGAGCAAGGAGAUUACAAGUACGGAUGACAACAUUGGAAUCAAGUACGCGGGCGAGCACAUUGUUGGAGACACUGUCCUCCUCCUGCGGUACAACUGCCCCGGCGGAGAGUGUGACUUUGCCGGUCUUGGUUGGCCUGAUCUGCAUCGCCAUGUGCGCUCUGUUCACCACAAGAAGCUUUGCGAUCUGUGUACUAGGAACAAGAAGGUCUUCACGCACGAGCACGAAAUGUUUACGGACAAGGAGCUACGCGACCAUAUGAGCCGCGGCGACGACAAGCCCGGCGCCGUUGACCAGACCGGCUUUAAGGGACAUCCCCUAUGCGGCUUCUGCGGCGAAAGAUUCUAUGAUAACGAUAAGCUUUACGAGCAUUGCCGCAGCAAGCACGAGAGAUGCUUUAUUUGCGACCGUCGCGACUCCCGGCAACCGCAUUACUAUCGCAACUACGAAGCUUUGGAGGACCAUUUCAAGCAGGACCAUUUCAUUUGCCAGGAACGGGAAUGCCUGGAAAAGAAGUUUGUCGUUUUCGACAGCGAGCUGGAUCUCAAGGCUCACCAGCUUAGCGAGCACGGAAACUCGUUGUCGAAGGAUGUUAGGAGAGACGCUCGCGUGGUUGAUAUUUCUGGCUUCGACUUCAGGUCCUCGUACCAAGAGGAGCGCGGCGGCAGCAGCAGUGGCGGCAGAGGCCGAGGAGGAAGAGACGGGCGAGGCGCACGCGGUCGGGAUCCCAAUGCCGAGGCGUUGCCCGCCAGUACUGCUCAGCCUUUACGAAGAGACGAGCUUGCCUUCCAGCGGCAGAUGGCCAUUACCCAGUCAUCGUCUGCUGCUCGUCCGAGCGCGGGUCCUUCUACCGGCACUCGUCCAUCCGGCCAGACCUCUGUGGUUCAGUCACGACCAACCCGGCCUCAGCAACAACAGCAGCAGCAACAACAGCAGCAGUCCAUCAUUGAUGCCAUGCAAAACCUCAGCGUCUCUGAACUCUCGUCUCUUACCCCUGAGCAGCGUGCUAGUGUUACACGGCACGGCGCGGUGAUCGAGCGUGCGUCAAACCUCCUCGGCAACAAUGACACGAAGAUCAGCCAGUUCCGAUCUUAUGUCUCGAACUUUAACAGGGGUUCGAUGACUGCGGACCAGCUCAUCGAUGCUUUCUUCGCCCUCUUCUCCGAGACCUCGUCCAACGCGCUAGGUACCCUGGUACGAGAGGUUGCUGAUCUCUUCGAUGACAAGAACAAGGGCGCAGCUCUCAAUAGGGCAUGGCAAAACCACCGCGCCAUCAAUGAGGAUUACCCUAGUCUUCCAGGCCUCGGCGGUAUGCAUGGAGCUACAACAGCAAGCAGCGGCUGGGCAGCUGCCGCAUCGGCGACCCCAGUUACCCUACACCCCAACGGAGGUCUCGCGAACGCCCAGUCACGCCAUUCCAACCACGUGUUGAAGCUUAAGAACAGCACCAGGAUAGGCGGCGCUAGCGAGCGUGGCCUGGAGCGAACAGUCGCCUCUCUCCAGGCCGGCGGAUCAAGCAGCAGCAGCUCGGGCAGACUCGUGCCCGGCACCAACGCCUACGCCUCCCAGGCUCGUUCCACAGUCAGCAACUCUGCUGCAUUCCCUGCGCUCCCCGGAGCGAAGAAGCCCGCCACCACAUCAGGCUUGUCAGGCUUUACUGCGGCCGCCGCCUCUGGAUCGUCGUCUUCUUCUUCCCGCCCCGCCGCUGUCACCACUGCCCCUCGAAGCACCGGCAGCACGGCCACUACCAUCGCCAGGAAGGUUGCCGGCGGAAGCGGCAGUAUGCAAAAGGCCGGAGAGGACGCCUUCCCGGCACUUCCUGCGGCGCCUAAACCUACUACUACUUUGUUUGGCUACGGCAGGGGUGCGGUACGGAGAGAUUUCGGUCAGCCCAAGGAGACAGGAUUCAACUGGAACGGUGGAAGCGGAAGCGGGGCUGCGUCGAGCUCGUCUUCGGCACAGCAGCAGGCUGGUGGUGAUGGUGACGAGGGCGCUAGCAGUGGGAAGGGUAAGAAGAAGCAGAAGAAACAGGUUUUGGUUCAGUGGGGUUAG